ACUAGAGACAUGAAUCUGGCUUAGCGGUGGUUCAGGUCAGAAAAGGGUGCCAGGACAACGAGUCAGGAAAGGACAGAGCAGCAGAGUUGGAAAGAAAGCACGCAGGGCUAGCGAACUAAAGACGGACGGAUGCCAGAACGCUUCAGCUUGUUUUCCUCCUGCUUCCCCUCUCCACAGCGUUUUAAGGACUCCGCAAGGCAUUGCUCCAGAUGAUGCCCAGCCACUUGUACAGGAUUUCCUGCCUCCUCUCCGGCUCUCGGGGGGCGAAUCUUCAAAAACCAACCACCUCUAACGGGUUUCUCUACGUGACUCUUGUCUGGCACGCGGUUUAGCCGAAGCCGCCGCAAAGCCAGCCAGCGCGCGGAUUACUCUUCGGCGGCUAACGCCUGCCUGCGCCGACACAUACACACACGCACUUUCUCCUUGCAUGAGUUGCCUCCUAGGAAAUCCCGCUGGGAACGCUAAAGCAGAAGAGCUCCAGCUCAGGCCGCUCACUCCGCUUGCGGAUCCACGGAAGCGCUCCCCCGAGACCUGCCCGCCCGCCUCCGAUCCAAGGAGCGAAAUCGGAGGAGAGAGACACGGAUCUUUACGAGUUAAAGCCUGUCUCGGGGAAGAAGACGCACCGAGAAGGAGCCCAAGUGGGAACUGCUGCCGCCUUGGCUGCUUCCCCUGCGAAGCGCGCCGCGUUGGCACAGCCUGCUUUGGAAAGUGACUGGCAAGACGCCGCCAAAAGCGCUCGCUCCAGCGCAAAGAAGGGAGCCGGGCAAGCGCACUCGCGCACCUGAAUGGGACGAGACACACACACACUAGAAGGCGGCCCGGCGGCGGACACCUCUCCCCCCGGGAACCCUUUGUUAAUUGAGCGUCCUGCGAGGCGAUUGGCUGGAGUACUCGGAGGCAUUUGCAUGAGCAGAAGAGAGGGAGGGAGUGUCUCCGGUUUGUUUAUUUAUUUAUUUCCCCCUCCCCUGCCGAAGGCGGCUUCCCGCCGCCCGCCCCCCACCCCACCCCGCCGCCCCAACCUCGCAGGGGACCCUCAAUGACCGCAUUUGGAAUGCGCUGCCGAGGGAAUGAGACGAGGCGCCGCUCGCCACCAGCCCUAAGAUCUAGCUGGCUCCUUAGACAGAGGCAUCGACAGCUGGCUAUGGGGCAGCGAUCCAGUCCUGGGAGCAGCACAACCACCAGUCAGAGGAACCUGCCGAAUUUAUUCAUUUUCCUGCUCUUCCUUGGACCUUUCAACUGCUUUGCUAGCUAUAGCCGUGCCACCGAACUCUUCUAUAGCAUCAAUGAAGGGCUGCCUGCUAGGGUCCUUAUUGGGAAUCUAGCCCAGGAUUUACAGCUUCGGGAAUUGGCAGAGGAAGAGGUGGAGGCACAGGACAAGUGGCAACCCCAACAAUGGGAGAACCCCCCUCUCUCUUUCAGCCUGGCCUCUCAGGGACUGGGAGGUCAGUAUGUGAGUCUAGAUAACCGGACAGGAGAGCUGCGCACCUCAACACAGGAGAUUGACCGGGAGGCACUAUGCACGGAGGAUAAUAUUGGCUCUGCUGUGGUUGCCUCUUCCUCCUCCUCCUCCCCAGUACCAUCCUCUGAGUCUUGUUUGCUGUUGCUGGAUGUUCUGGUGUUGCCUCAGGAGUAUUUCCGUCUAGUCAAAGUGAAGAUUGCCAUCCAUGAUGUUAAUGACAAUGCACCAUGCUUUCCCAUGCCACAGAUACACCUCUUUGUGCCUGAGAAUUCACCCGUCAACACCCGCUUAGCUAUAGAGCAUCCAGCUGUGGACCCAGACAUUGGCAGCAAUGGAGUUCAGACUUACCAACUGCAAGAUGACUAUGGGGUUUUUACUCUCGAUGUGGAGGAGAAUGAAAGUGGGGAAAGAACACCGUAUCUGAUUGUCAUGGGUGCCUUGGACAGGGAGGCCAGGGAUAAGUAUGUUACAGUUAUCACAGCAGAAGAUGGAGGAGUUCCACCACUGGUGGGCAGUGCCACUCUCACCAUUGGCAUCAGUGACAUCAAUGACAACUGUCCCCAAUUCAAUGAGACUCAGCUCAAUGUCACUGUCUUUGGGAAUUCGAGCAUUGGGUUGCACAUAGCCUCUGUUCAUGCUGUGGAUGUGGAUCAGGGAAUCAAUGCAGAGAUAACCUAUUCCUACAGCCAAAAGGUCUCUCAGCUAUCCCGCACUUUAUUCCAUCUUGAUGAAACCACAGGCAUUAUCAAGCUUUCCAAAAGGAUUAAUGGCGAUACUCCUCGUCUCCAUAGGUUGAGUGUAUUGGGCAAUGGUCCUGGUUGCAUUCCAGCUGUGAUCACUGUGUUAAUAUCAAUAAUCAAAGUUAUGAUGAGACCUCCUGAAGUGAUCCCUCGUUUCAUAGCGAAUGAAGUGGAAGGAGUGGUUUUCUUGAGGGAGCUAGAGCCUGUCAACACACCAAUAGCAUUCUUUACUAUAAAAGAUCCAGAUGAGAAAUACAAAGUGGAUUGCUAUUUGGAUGGUGAUGGCCCUUUCAGGUUGUCACCUUAUAAACCAUACCACAAUGAGUAUUUAUUGGAGACUACGAAGCCAUUGGAUUAUGAGACUCAACAAUUCUAUGAAGUAUCAGUAAUUGCAUGGAAUUCAGAAGGAUUUCAUGUAAACAGAAUAGUUAAAGUGCACAUUCUGGAUGAUAAUGACAAUUCACCUGUGUUCUCUCAACCAUUGGUAGAAUUAUCUAUAGAAGAAAAUAAUGUUCCCAAUGCUUUUUUGACCAAGUUGCAUGCCACAGAUGCUGACAGUGGAGAAAGAGGGCAAGUGUCUUAUUUCCUAGGGCCUGAAGCUCCUUCAUAUUUUUCUUUAGAUAAAGUCACUGGAGUCCUUACAGUUUCCACCCAGCUGGACAGAGAAGAAAGAGAAAAAUACCGAUAUACAGUAAGAGCAGUAGAUUCUGGAAUGCCACCACGAGAAUCCAUAGCCACUGUUACUAUCUCAGUACUGGAUAAAAAUGACAAUAGUCCAAGAUUUAUCAACAAGGAUUUCAGUUUUUUCGUGCCAGAGAACUUCCCAGGCUUUGGUGAAAUUGGAGUUAUAAGUGUCACUGAUGCAGAUAUAGGGCAAAAUGGAUGGGUAGCACUUUCUGUUGUAAAUGGAAGUGAUAUAUUUGUUAUAGACACUGGCAAAGGAGUGCUGAGAGCUAAGGUCUCCCUAGACAGGGAACAGCAGAGCUCAUACAUCUUAUGGGUUGAAGCAGUCGAUGGAGGUGACCCUGCCUUGUCCUCUACAGCAAAAAUAACCAUCCUUUUGCUUGACAUAAAUGACAACCCACCAUUAGUCUUGUUUCCUCAGUCUAACAUGUCUUACCUCCUAGUCCUUCCAUCUACUUUGCCUGGAUCACCCAUCACAGAAGUGUAUGCUGUAGAUAAUGACACUGGCAUGAAUGCAGUCAUAGCAUAUAGCAUCAUAGGGAGAAGAGGUCCCCGGCCAGACUCAUUUAAGAUUGACCCCAAGACGGGCAACAUCACUCUGGAAGAGUCGCUCAUGCAAAAUGAUUAUGGCCUCUAUCGCCUUCUUGUUAAGGUUAGUGAUCACGGUUACCCAGAACCUCUGCAUUCUACAGUCAUGGUCAACCUCUUUGUCAAUGACACUGUGAGCAAUGAGAGCUACAUCGAAAGCCUUUUAAGAAAGGAACCUGACAUUAACAUUGAGGAAAAAGAGCCACAGAUCUCUAUAGAACCAACACACAAAAGAGUGGAAUCCGCAUCUUGCAUGCCUACCUUGGUUGCCCUGUCAAUAAUAAGCUUGGGUUCAAUAACAUUGGUAACUGGGAUGGGUAUUUAUAUCUGCCUACGAAAAGGAAGAAAAUACCACAGGGGAGAUGAAAAUUUGGAAGUACAAAUCCCGUUAAAUGGAAGAAUUGAUAUACAUAUGCUGGAGAAGAAACCUGUGGAGAUUUCUAAUAUCUGAUGGGUUUCUACAGACAGUCUCAACCAAAACCUAAACAUUCUGAACAGUGAUUAACUUCCCAACUGGGGGAUUGUCAGCAGCAGAAACUGCAAUGAAGGACCACUAAUUUAUAACUUAUUAUAAUUGUACAUAGCUGUUUACAGAUUUUUUUAAAAGAAAAAAGAAUCAAAUUCAGUGUACAGCUUUUUUUAAUGAAACCUUAAUGCUAACAGCUAGUAAACUGUCUGUGUAGACAUGGUCAUCGCAAGACCCCCAUCCAUAAACCAAGUCAGUACAGUACUCAUAAAGUGAAAGGUAAGACAAUGAUGCAUUCAUUGUUAUAUUCUUCAUUCCUAUAAGUCGUUUUUGACCACAAGAGGGCAUCAUCAGCCAUUCCUGUAAAUGGGACUGUUUAAGAGAAAAUGAAAAGUCUAUUUUAAAAUGUAUUGUUUUUCUAAAGGAGAAAGAAAAUAAAGUAUGGGUUUGAGGUAUAAUAAAUGUAUGUUCUAUUGGAUAUAUGAGAAGAGAAUGAAAAGAAAAUAUGCACUGGUAAAUAAAAACAGAAUGUUUUAUUA